UGGUAUAUUUAUAUUGCUAUUUAACAUUGCUUUAUUGUUGCAAAGCUUUAUAAAUAUUGUCUACAGAACAUUUCCUUACAAGUUUUAAUUCGUUGGAAAGAACUGUACUUUAACAUCUGCUAACAAUUUGUUAAAUGUCAUUUCUUUAACCAAAAAAACCUGACAUUCUCUUUAAACAAAUUUGUACUCAAAACGAUUAAUUAACAACGUGUUAAGUUACCAGUGCUUGACAAAUAUCUUUACAAAAUCUGUUGGAUUUAAUUUUUUGAGACUUUCUGACUUAAAAUAAAAAUGGAGAAACGUAUUGGAAUAUGUUCGAUGUUUCAACUUAAAGUUUUGUGUAUUACUGCGAUAUGGUUGUCCGGAACUUUUUCGAACGCAUAUCAUGUAGAUAAUGUAAGUCAAAAGGCGAAUGCAAAACUGGUCAACAAUAAUUCAAAAGUAGCAGAGACACAACCAAACCUCGGCAUAUAUCAGAGCUCUUUAGAUGGCAUUUCUGCCACAAAAAAUAAAUCAGUACGUCCACAGAAAUCAUUAAGUCAGCUUCAGAUUGAAAUAACAGAACUACUGAGAAUGCAGAAACAGCUCAAGUCUGAAAUUGUGCCAGGAACAGAUACUGCAAAGCAAACAGAGUUAUUGCAACAUAUCAAAACGCAAAUUCAUCUACGGAGAAUGCAGCAAAAACGUAAACAACAACAACAACAGGCAGGUUCGACUAAACAGGCUCAACUUCUCCAGCAAAAGAAACAACAAUUAAUCCUGCAACAGAGAAACGUUGUAAAACAACAGAGAGAGCAAGCUUUGCAAAGUGUUUCGCACGUUCGACAGAAAAAACAAAAUCAGCUUAUUACACAUAAACAGCAUCAACAAAAACAGCAUAACAGCCAAGGAUUUCAAGGAGACAGAAAACGCCUAAUGACUGUAUACAAUUCAAACAACAAUGGUAUUGCAAACAACAACGUGGUUCAGGUCAUUGAAACCGUACCAGAACAAACUCUUAUGUAUAAAAAUGUAGAUGUAAACGGCAAUUUAAAGCCACAGCGACAGCAACAACAGCUUCAGGCACAGAUGAUGUCUCGUCCGGCAUUUGUACAAAAGAAAACCCCUAUUCAACUGAAUAACCCGACUGGUAUAAAUCAAGGACAAAUCAAUUUAUUGGAUCAACAGAAACUAAUGAACCAAACUGUUCUUCAAGCAGGUUCACCACAGCACAUUUUUAUACCACUUAAUGCAAUUGCAUUGAACAAUAUGGUACCAAAGAAUGUUCUAUCAGGAGAACGAUUCAUAGUUAUAGAUGCAGCAAUUCAAGAUAAUGGGCAAAUGAAAACAGUAGGAAAUUCUCGUGUCAUUGAUCCUGCAGAGCCAAAAUCACCACAAAAACUAACAACUGCGCCUCCGACAACAACACCACAAAUACAACAAAUAACUAGAACAACAACAACUCCAUCACCCAGUACGACACGCACGACUACAGUUCCCACCACGCCUUUACCUACGUUUGCGCCAACACCACCACCUGAAAGUUUUGUAUAUGAACCGGCUGCUAUCGAGACGGAAACAUUAAAGCAAGAAUACUACCGUGGAAAAAUACAAAGACAAAAAUUAGAAAUAACAAAGCUUAAGCUAGAAAUUCGAGAUCUUCAACGAAAAGAGAUGGUUAGUAUGACAAGGGGUAUGUCAAGGGGAGAAGCGGGAGACGAUGAUGCUCCUCCACGCCGCAAUAUGAUGAGAAUGCCGUUUAGAUUUUUCUAAAGAACUUAUGAUGAUGUGAUGCACAAGACAAAAAUACUGACUGAAAUCCAGACAUUCAUUGCUAUUUAUCAAAACAUAAAAUCAGAGAAUAGAUAACAUGACAAUCAUAUGAGAUUAACACUUGAAAAAAUGGUAGUUGAUAUCGAGACGUACACAUUCUCAUGUAUAUAAUAAGAGCUCCGCAAAGUGGGGCAAUAUACCCCAACUUUCUAGAUCAGAGGAGAAGGAAGGAAAAUUUAAAGAAUUUCAUUUGGUGUGGUUUAAGGUAUUAGGCCCAUAAUAGAGUACCUCCUUUUUGAAGAGUAUUCAAUUCUUACCAUAAACCUACUUUGACUGCAAUUUUCAGGGUGGGGGAGGGAGCGCGUAGGUUCAAGCCCCACUGAGACCAAAAUGUGUUCCCUUGUUUUCCUUUUUUUCUAGUUAAGUUUUUACUUCUUUCAAGACUUGUUAUUGAUUUAUUGUACAAAAGUGGGGAAAAAAAUCAUUUGAUAUGCAAUUUCUUGCUAUUCAAAGUGAAUGUACCUCUGAAACAGAAGGGGUAGAGUUAGACAUCUUUAAAAAUAAUGAGUUACAUGCGGUAAAAGUUCUCUAUUUUGCUUUCAUUCUUUAUAUUACAUAUUGUGGAAGAAAUGUAGGUAGGUUUUACUUCUGCCCCAAGGUUAUUUUUGAAUGAAGUGAGCAAAAUUCAAAACAGACCCGCAGGAUGCGACCUUAAUUUUUCAAUAUUGGAGUUGGAAUUCUGUCUGAUUAAAUCCGUAUACUCGAGGCACCCUCGAAAAAAUGAUAUAGAAUAUUUUUAUUUUAAGUUUUAUGAUUGUUUACCGAUAGUUUGAUGUUUCUUUAUAAAAAAUAAUGGAAUAAUGAAUUCUCGGCAAACGUUUUGGAUAAAGGCCACCACUUUGAAAUUUGUCUCUACUUGAGCUUUAGUCACAAAAUUACAUAAAAUUUAUAAAAAAAAGACGGCACGGUAAAAGUUUUUAAAAAUUUGCAUAUAUGUGCCAAGCACGGUCAACUGUAAGAAUAUACCAAGCAAAUGCCAUUUUUUAAACAUUACUAUUACAGGCCUAAUACCUUAAAGGGAAAUGUUAUUUGGCAGAGGGUGAGUAUUGGUUUUUUGCGCGGCAGCAGUUAGGUAGUGCUAAGGCACAAGAAUUGGGAAGGGGAAAGUUUAAUGUGUGUGAUUCGGGGUGGAUGGGUAAUGUGUAUUGUUUCGGUCCUCAAAUAAUUUCUUCUACACCUAUCUUUAUUUCAAGUUUACAGUCAAUACCUUGAAUAGUUUUGAAACUAUGCCGUAGACACAAAAUACAACGGACAGUUUUGACUUAAUUUGUGACCUUGACAUUCGACAAUUCGACAAAGUUCAUAAACUCAAAUACUAAGAAAUAAAAACAAAACGUUUUUUCUCUUUCUUUUCAUUUUUGGAAGGUGGGUGGAAGUAAUGUGGAUUGCUAUACUCCUCAAAUCAACUAAUCACCACCACCUGUAUUUCUUAUAUCGAUAUAAUUAUCACUCCUCGGUUAGAUAUCUAGAAAAUUUUAAGUUGCGUAAAAAGACAUAUUCAAACACAAUUUGCUUCCUUGAACUUUGACUAACAGACCAAAUUUAUGCGUCAUGCACAUCGUGUUAUCGCUGCCUUUCUUUAUGCAAAGCUUAAGUCAAUACCUUGAAUGGUUAUCAAGUUAUGCUCUAGACACAAAACUUGACAGAGAGUUUUGAUUUGGCUAUGACUUGAACUUUGACCUACAGACCUGGUUCAUGCAUUAAGCACAUCGUCUCAUUGCCAUCUACCUAUAUACGAAGAUUUAAGUCAAUAAUUUAAAUGGUUAUUAAGUUAAGCUCCGGACACGAAAUAUAAAUGACAACUUUGACCUUUAAGGUCAGUUUGUGAUCUUGACUUUCGACUUUGUUUAUGUGUUCUGCAGAUUGUCUCAUCCCACAUACUUUAGGCCAAGUGUAAAGUCAAAACCUUGAAUAGUUAUAAAAUUAUGCUCUGGACAAGGAAUAUAAGGGUCAAAAUAUAAGGGUCAAAUUUAUGUUCGAGUUCCAUUUAUAACCUUGACAUUUGAUCUAUCGACCUGGUUUAUGUUCUCUGCACAUUGUCUCAUCGUCAUCUACCAAUUUGGUCAAUAUCUUGAAUGGUUAUUGAAUUAUGCUCCGGACACGAAAUAUGACGGAUAGACGGACGAACCGAUGGAUGGGCGGACGGACACACGCCCCACCGCAUAAUACGUCCGUUUUUGUUUUUUUUUCAAAACGGGCGUAUAAAAAUGUACUUAAAUAAUA